ACGUCCCACUGAACUCUCAGAGGCUGCGGAGGGCGACGCGAGGAAAGUUGAACGAAUGUGCGACCGUUUUCGUGGAGGGUUCACUGGAAGUGUGGAGGACGGGGAGAAGGGAUAAUGAACGACCGCGGACGGUAUACGACGUGAGCUCCAGAAAGCCGCCUGAGAGGAAGACUACACCAGAGUAACUAGGUACCGGAGGAGGUCCCGGGUCAGGGAGGGAGACUUCCAGGAGGCUCCACAGCUGCCGGCCAUGGCAGACGUCCUGGACAGCGCGGUGGGCGUGGGGGAGGCGGCGGCGGCGGCGGGCGGCGGCGGCGGCGUGGACUGGCACCAGCACUGCGUCUCCCUGGAGACACAGCUGCUGAGGUUUCGCCUUCAAGCUGGGAAAAUCCGUGAGCUGCUGGCUGAGAAGAUGCAGGAGUUGGAGCAGCGGGUGAUUGAGGCUGACCAGCGGGCGAUGCACGCGGAGAAACAGAUUAAUGUCAUGGAGGAACAACUGAAAUCUGCCAACAUACAAACCAGCGAAUCAGAGAGUUCGCUGUGCAGGAAGUAUCAGGACCUCGCCGAUCAGAUUCAAGAGAAGGACGCUGUGAUAAAGAGACUGCAGGUGCAGCUGGAAAAACAGAUCUUGGUGAGGACCCAGGAAGCAAAGGUCAUCGAAGAGAAAGCUGCGAAGAUUAAGGACUGGGUCACUGUCAAGCUCAGGGAGAUGGAGACAGAGAACCAGCGGUUGAAGAUGGCGAACCUCCGGCAGGCAGAGCAGAUAAUGUUGCUGCAGGACAGACUACAAGCUCUUCUGGAGCAGCCUCCGUCUCCCGCCACCUCCCCUGCGGCGGACGCCCACCUGGUGCCCACCAGCCCUCUGUACCCCCCCAGCUGCCCCGGGACCCCCCCGGCCCUGGAGGAGUCCUGGAGACAGCCUGGUCCCCGUACCGCCGCUGGGGGAGCCAACCAAGCCAAGGCCCCCCUGACAGAUCUGAAGUGGGCCCCUGAACCAGGCUCCAAGGGCCGGCCCAGGGAGGGGCCCAGCGGCAUGGGGGCCCCCGGCAGCCUGGGGCCCCCCGGGAGCGUCCGGGAGCGGGGGGAGGGCAGAGACCACUCUUCAGACGAACUCAACAGCAAAUUCCGCUCGCAGUGCCUCCACUCCUCGUCCUCCUCGUCCUCCUCCUCUUCGUCCUCGGCCUACGAGAUGGCCCAGGGCCCCAGCAGCCCCGAGACGGAGACCACGCCCACCGGGGUCACCCCCACGAGCCCCCUGCUGGCCCGCUCCCCCUCCACCAACCAGCCCUUCCCCCCGCCCGGCCACGCGCCCCUCCAGCGCCCCCUGUCCCCCUCGGGGGCCCUGACCCUCCCCAAGCUGCGGACCCCCCUGGCCCCCGGGGACAGCGUCCAGCUGGGGAAGAAGCACUGCAGCCAGCCGCCCCCCGGCCUGGACCGGCUGCACCCCCUCAACGCCAGCCCCGCCCCCACCAGCCCCGCCUCCUCCUCCUCCACCCUCCACAGCACCGCCCCCCCCCCCUUCGCCCAGCUGGUGGAGGAGACGGACAUCGACGACGGGACCCCCGACGCCAUGGACGGGGUGGUGGAGGGGCCGGUGGCCCCGGAGCUGGCGUCCCCCGGCGGGGGGGCCCUCGCUGGGGGGGCCCUCGCUGGGCCGGUCGAGGACCCGGAGCGGCGGGACGCGGAGGUCCUGAAGCCGCCCACCCCCCCUCUCCACCGGCUCCCCUCCUGGGAGAGUCGUAUCUACGCCGUGGCCAAGUCAGGGAUGAGGGUAUCGGAGGCCGUGCCUGCGGCCAGGGGGGCUGGGAGAGGUCUCCAGUGCCCUGCCUCAGGGCCGUUCCCCCACCUCAUCUACAAGAACAUCAACGUCCCGGUGUACACCACGCUGAAAGGGAAAGCCACUCAGAUCAGCAGCGUCCCAUUGGCCGACGAGGACUCGGGCUCGGAGGACGACAGCGGCUCCCUGGCCAGCCUGAGGACCUCGGCCCCGGGGCCCGACCGCAAGGGCAGCGGCCCCGGGAGCCCUCGCGCCGCCAAGAGAGGGGUGUCCAUGUCGUCGGUCGGCUCGGAGAGCGACUACGCCAUCCCCCCCGAUGCCCACUCCCUGGACAGCGACUACUCUGAGCCCGAGCUCAAGGUCCAGCGCACCUCGUCCUACUCCUGCGGGAGCAGCAGCGGGCCGGAGGUGCUGGAGAAGUCGGGCUACCUCCUGAAGAUGGGCAGUCAGAUCAAGGCCUGGAAGAGGCGCUGGUUCAUCCUCCGCAACGGAGAGAUCCUCUACUACAAGUCUCCGAGCGACGUGAUCCGGAAGCCCCAGGGCCAGAUGGAGCUGACCUCUUCCUGUCGGAUCGCCCGCGGAGAGGGAGCUCAGACAUUCCAGCUGGUGACGGAGAAGAAGACGUUCUUCCUGACCGCCGACUCGCCCAACAUCCUGGAGGAGUGGAUCCGCGUGCUGCAGAACGUCCUGAAGGUCCAGGCCAGCGGGCCCGUCGCCGUGGAGACCGCCUCCAAGCCCGCCGCCAGGGGCUGGCUCACCAAGGUCAAACACGGACACUCCAAGCUGGUGUGGUGCUCUCUGGUCGGCAAGGUCUUCUACUACUACCGCAACCAGGACGACAAGCUCCCCCUGGGCCAGCUGCGGGUGCGGGACGCGGUGGUCCAGGAGGUGGACCGCUCCUGCGACUCCGACGAGGACUACGAGGCGGGGGCCCGGGGCCCCGGCCCCCGGGGGGCGGGGGGCCGCGGGUUCCUGUCCUCCCACUGCACCCUGGUGGUCCAGCCCUGGGAGAAGAGCCCCACCUACCUGCUCAUCGGCACCAAGCAGGAGAAGGACACGUGGCUGUACCACCUGACGGUGGCGGCGGGCAGCGGCGCCGGCCUCAAGGUGGGCACGGAGUACGAGCAGGUGAUCGGAAAACUACUGGACGCAGAGGGAGACCCCGACUCGGUGCUGUGGGGCAGUGUGGCUCUGUGCUGCUCUCAGGAGGGUCUGCGCUGCUCUCUCACCACGCUGCCGUCCGACGCCCUCCAGACUGAGGCCCUGAAGCUCUUCAAGUCCUGUCAACUCUUCAUCAACGUCCUGGUGGAGUCUCCCUCCAUCGACUACCACACCUCGCUGGCCCAGAAUGCACUGCAGGUGUGCCUGACCCACCCGGAGCUCCAGAACGAGAUGUACUGUCAGCUGAUCAAGCAGACGCACCGACGCACGCCAAACAACUACUCCCUAACGCAGUGCUGGCAGCUGCUCUCUCUGUGCGUCGCUCUAUUCCUUCCCCAACAACACUUCCUGUGGUACCUGAGGCAGUACCUGCAGCGCAACGCCGACCCCAAGAGCGAGGUGGGGAAGUACGCCGUGUACUGCCAGCGGUCUCUGGAGCGCACGCUGAGCAGCGGGGAGCGCGAGGCCAAGCCCUCCCGCAUGGAGAUCGUGUCCAUCCUGCUGAGGAACCCCUACCACCACUCGCUGCCCUUCAGCCUGCCCGUGCACUUCAGCAACCAGGCCUACCAGGUGGUGGGCUUCGACGGCUCCACCACGGUGGAGGAGUUCCUGGGCCCGCUGAACCAGAGGGUGGGCCUCAGGAAGACCCAGCUCUCCGGCUUCGCCCUCUUCACCGACGACCCCUCCGGGAAGGACCUGGAGCACUGCCUGCAGCCGUCGGCCAAGAUCUGUGAUGUCAUCUCCAAAUGGGAGCAGGCCCUGAAAGAACUGCAUCCUGGGAAAUACGAGGGGACGAGAAUCGUUCGUCUGACGUACAAGAGCAGGCUGUGUUUCCGAGCUCAUGCCAAGGGCGAGACGGAGCGAGAGCGCCUCCUGCUGGCCUACCAGGUGAACGACGAGGUGCAGGGCGGACACUUCCCCGUCAGCAAGGAGCUGGCGCUGGAGGUGGCCGCGCUCAUGGCUCAGGUCGAGCAUGGGGACCUGGAGCGACCCACACCCUCCUCCUCCCCCUCCUCCCCCUCCUCCCCCCCCUCCCCCGUCACACCCGGCUCCCCCUCCUCCAAGGCCCAGCUGGUUCUGCUGCAGAUCAUGGAGCGAUUCUACCCCAAGCGCUACAAGCAGGACUGCACCUCAGACCAGCUCCGGGAGUUGACAGAGCGGCUCGCGGCUAAGUGGUCGAUGCUGCGCGGCAGAAGUGCGUCCGAGUGCGUGCGGAUCUACCUCACGGUGGCCAGGAAGUGGACGCUGUUCGGGGCCAAGCUCUUCAGCGCCAAGCCCGUGCCCCCGUCGCAGGCGGAGCAGAGCGAGGCCUGGCUGGCGGUGAGCGAGGAUGGCCUCUUCGUGUUGGACCACACCAUGCACACGCUGGCCACCUACCCCUACCAGUCUGUCAUUACCUUCGGCGGUUACCGUGACGACUUCAUGGCGGUGGUGAGCCAGCAGAGGGAGCCAGGCGCGCCCAAGAAGAGCGUGGAGAAGCUGGUGUUCUCCCUGGCCAAGCCCAAGAUCCUGGAGUUGACUCUGCUCAUGGCCAGCUACAUCAACCACUGGAGCCCCACGGGCCCCCCCCCCGGCCCCCCCGCCCCCACGGGCCCCCAGUGGGACGGGGACAGCCGACACUUCCCCUGCAUGACCUACACCACCAAGAGCCCCACGCUACUGUGA